CUUCGAUUCAAGAUGGUGGACAGGCGAGUAGGGUUGUUCUCGAGUCGUUUCGUUAGGAAAUGAAAAUGCCAUUUAAACUAGCUAAGUAUGGUUCUGAAGGAUUCAGCUCAGGUAGCUGACAAGGAAAUUCAUCAAUCGACUGUUACUGUACAAAAACUGGGGGAAGAUCGUGCUUUAAGUGUCGAACCGGCAAAAAAGGCUGUUUUUCCGGGGAGCAAGCAAGUGAAACAUGUCAUUGCUGGAGGGGUGGCAGGAGCUGUGUCCAGGACUUGUGUUUCUCCCUUGGAAAGAGUUAAGAUACUUCUUCAGGUAAAUUUUCUGACUAAAGAUAAGAUUUUUCGUUUGAUGUUUUACCAUACCAAGAGUAAAAAAUGUCGUCGUACGUAAUGUGCAAAACACGAGUUCACAUUCCUCAUUACAGUUGAACGCCAUUAUUGGGACCACUGCUGGGCCAAGAAAAUUGGGUUUUUUUGGGUCCCGUGUAUUGAACAGGAAAUACAAUUUCUCUACAAAGCGUCUGAAACAGGGUGUCCUUCUGGACCAAAAUCCUUGGUAAGGGUGCAAAUUUUGGAAGUGCACAGAGUAAAAGUGUGGUAACAAUAUUGUUGUGUUAAAAAUCUUUUUUGACGAUGUCAGCUUUAAGAAACCAGGGGUUUCAAUAAUAAUUGAAGCAGCCAGCAGGUUUGAAUAGAGUAACUGACUGUUUCAACAAGGAGCCCCGGUGUUAUUUCCCUUUUUUGUAUAGGCAUGCUCACCCAGAAAAUUUUGAGAUUGAAAAGCCCUAAAAUGCAAUUUGCAACGUUCCAGGGACUAAAUUGAUUAGAAUUGAGUACAUUUAAGAAAAUGUAGCUUUCAUUUAAGUUUUGAUUUAUUAGCCACUCAAUCAACUUCUGCAAGUAACAAACAAAUGACGAUAAUAAAAUGACGUUCAUUUGCAUGUGAACAAAUUCUGUGUAAAUCCAUAAAGAAAGGUACAUGUGAAAAUUGACUUAACAACAGCAUUCAUGGAGGCCUUUGUGAAAACAUUUAAUGAGGUUUCCAUCGCUGAGAUUUUAUGAUGUAUUAUUUGUUAACGAUGUUUUUAAAAGUAGUUGCUUCUUCUUUUGGGAAUAAAAAGGUAGGCGACUUCUCUGAGCAAAGUAGCCGAUGUGUUUCGUCCGUUUUUGGUGCUUAUUGAAACCCCUGAGAAACACUUCAGUGGCACAUACCUAUUCAGGCCAAAUAAGUGAGUGUCCCACUCCUCUGAAGGUAACCAUCUACAAACCCAAGCCAAGUAUGGCAUUGAUGCCAGGAUUUGAACCCGUGCCACAUUUUUGGAACGGGAGUAUCACUGUGGUCUCACCACUGCACCACCAUCAAUCCUUGUAGGAAAUACUUAAACUUUCAAACUAUUUAAUUACAAGUCUUGGUCCAAACAAAAAAAAUGGGGGACAAGGAAGCCACAAGGUCUUAUUGCAUGAUUUUUUUAGUUUGAACCAGUCCUGAUCCAAAUGAUCUUUAUUUUGACAGAUUCAAGUAAAUAAUCGAAAGUUUUCAGGAGUUGGUGCGACAUUGAUAAAGAUAGGCAGAGAUGAGGGUAUAAAAGGAUACUUCAAGGUUGGUACUUAGUACUGUUGUAGUUAAUAGAGUUCUUAGGUUAAACCAUUUUUUAACCUAGUUUGGUUUUACUCUGUUCCCAAGUCCUAAUAAAUUGUUCAAAGGAGACAAAGCAGAUUCUGGUUUGAACCUGACAAUGGAUUUUAUUCUCAAGGAGUACUAGUCAGUAACAAUAGAAAUUCAUUGAAAUUUUCCUAUGUCUCAAAAACACAUUGCUACCCCCAUUUUCAUAUGUUCAUGUCCUUUUAUUCAGUUUACUUUUCCUGCAUACAGUCACUAGUCAUGCAAAAAAUACUUUAUGUAGGGUAAAGACCUUCCUUCAAUGUGGUGAAUCUAUGUAGAUUAACAGAUGAACAGCACGAUCCUUGAUUUAGCUCUCUGCAAGCACUUAACAAGGGGUGUUACCCAAAACGGGUCACAUGAACAUACAGAGACCGUUUUCAGAGGCAUGCAAGAGUUCAUGUGGCUAUGGAUGGUCCACAGCCUCAAUGGUAUACUUGUUUUGUUUUUCAACACAGAACUUUACUGGAUAAAUUUGAUUUUAGUCUAACUUUAUAAAUGCAUUUACUACAUUCAAGGACCUAAAUACGGUGGCCCAGAAUGGUCACACAUGCAAAUUAAAAAUUGUACAUGCAGACUAAAAAUAUUACAAACAUGAAACAUGAAUGGGCCGACGGCUGUAAGGCCAGGUUGCAUGGCUCGGACCAGGUCCUCAUCACUCAUACUGCGUGCGCAGGACUUUUCAUUUUUAAUUUGCAUAUGUUUUCUAUUUUCAAUUUGCAGCACAAUUUUUAAUUUGCAUGUACUACAUUUAAUUUGCAGGUAAUAUUUUUAGUUUGCAUGUACAAUUUUUAAUUUGCAUGUACUAUUUUUAAUUUGCAGCAACAUUUUUAAUUUGCAUGUGUGACCUUUCUGGGCCACCGUACCUGAAGGACUGGCUUUAGCGUUAUUGAUUGCGUAAUUAUUGAUUUGGUAUGAACCAUCCUUUUUAAACAGUUUUGGGGAUAUCUUUGCAGGGUAAUGGAACUAACGUCCUUAGAAUCAUUCCAUACUCUGCAGUGCAGUUUGCUGCUUAUGAGGAGUUUAAAAAGGUAUGAUUAAAUCAUAUCAAACUAGAUGCUAAAUGCAUUACAUGUCAGUAGUCACUUUUUUAGGGCUACUUGGAAGAUAAAUGCAUUCUUAUUGAAUUGUAUGAAUAUGAGCAGUUUCCUAGAACAGACAGCUAAUGAGCUAUAUAACACAUACACAUGUUUAUAAUGGAGAAAGUAUUUGGGUUGUACGGCUGAUUUCACAAAACCACUAUCUUUGUUUAAACAGUUCUUUGUUUUUCAGGUCAAUUUUAGGAGUAUUUGGUCCAUUGGACAUUAAUGAUUAGACAUUGUUUCUGCUUGACCCCUCAUAUAUAUAGCUUUAAAUCUGGGCUGGGUCCUAUUUAGUGUUUUUAAAAGUGGUUUCCUUUGUAAUUUGUAUUUUGGGAAUUGCAUGAACAUCCUGUGGGUUUGUGUUUGAUGUGUGUGUCUCCAUAAACUAUGUCACCAAAGAAACAAAUUUAAACCUCAUGGUAAAGCAUGAAACAUGCGGUGCUUUCCUGGUAAUUGCCCAAAUUUCUCACAUAUUUUUUUUAGUGGAGGGAAAGCCAGGAAAUACAGGAUAAUAUUAUUUUGAUACUGUGAUGUCAUGCAGGUUAGGUAUUAACAGCAUUAUGAUAUGAUCCAAGUUUUGGAAUUAUCAUUAUUUUGUUUACAUUCUCCACAGCUCUUAAGAGUGUCAGAAGAUCUUCAGUCCCAGACACCUCUGAGGCGACUUGUGGCUGGUGGGUUAGCUGGGACAACGUCAGUUAUUGUCACCUAUCCACUGGAUCUUGUUAGGUCAGUCAGUUUCUGCCAUGCGGUAUUCUAACUAAGUGUUAAAGUACGUGGUGCAUCAUCUUCAACAAACUCAGUUACUGCAUUUGUGGUGUGGUUCAGUUUUAUCCUUGGCUUUAUAAUUUAAUUUGCCAUUUGUUUUAAGCUUGUCAUCAUACAUUAUCAUGAUCAAAUUAGAAGGAAAAUAGAGUUUGAACCAAGGACAAAAUUGAACAAUGUAAGCAACAAGCUAUUCACCAUCACAUAUUUUCAUUGAACUAGGGGUGUACGGAUUCUUAGCAGCUUAAACGUGCAUCUGAAAUCUAUCUUUUUUAGCCAUGUUUUUUUCAUAUUUCAUGUCUGUGCAUUUAAGUUGAUUGUAUGUUUUGUAUGAUGUAUCUACAUAUAAAAUUCUGUUGUUUUUAAGAUUAAUUACAAGGGCACUGACCACUGUGAAGCUCUUGUGUUUGUCUUCUUCUUAUUAUUAUUAUUACUGGUAUUAUUAUUCUUAUUUAGAUGAUGAUGGAUGGUGAUCAUCAUAUCAACAUAUGUUUGAUAUCACUAGAAUUCUGAAAUACAGUUUGAUACCCUUGAUGGACAUCACAUUUUAAUGUUGUUUUCAGAACAAGGUUAGCAGCUCAAGGAGAGGGGCUUGAGAAAAGAUACAGGUAAUGUUAGGUGAUGGUUAAAAAUUACAUGAACUAGUCCUGAUUGAUACUUACUUGAAUCCCAUAGAGAUGAUCAUGUAAUUCAGUAUCUACUGACAAUUUGAAUAACGAGCAAUAAUCUUAAUAUCCUUGAUGUCUUUGUUAUUGUGCUUAUCUCCCAUCAAGGCAAUAUAAAAUUCAUGAUUCUGUAAUAUUGUCAAUGAAGUAAGAUGGCAAAAUUCAACAAGUGUUUCAUAUUGUCAUUUACAGGGAUUGGAAAAACAUUGGUCUUCCCUUUUGGUUAAAUUGUCUUCCAUAUUUUAAAUUAAUAAAAGUUGUAAUAUCCAAAUGUAGUUUCAUUUGUUUAUAAAAAAUAUAACAAGUUCACUAUGGUAAUGUAUUUUCAUUGCACAGAAAUAUUUUACAUGCCUUUCAAACCAUUCUAAAAGAUGAAGGAGGAUUGUUAAGUGGAUGUCUUUAUAAGGGACUGCCCCCAACGAUUAUGGUAAGCAUCUUAAAUGAAGUAACAUUAAGAAUUGUACAUCAUUGUAGCAGUUGUGUCUGUUAAUUUUUAUAUCUCUUCAAGUCAAAAUCUUGUGUUUGGCAUUUUUAGCCCAUCAGGCACAGAUCAAGACCACUGUCCACUGUUUUAUUAUAUUAAAUUAACAGUAGUAAUAAUAUUAUUACAUCCAGGAGUUACAAUUCAGCACACAGGGUUGUCAAAAAGCUUUUAAGUAGCAGGAGAAUAAGAGAAAGUAGCCGGCAUGUGUUUCCCGGCGGCGCGGGUAGGGGGAGACAUAUCAUUAUUGAUAUAAACAGUUCAAUCCAGGUUAGUAGUAGCUGUCAAACAUGAUAGCAUUGAUACUGCAUCUGAAUUACUAAGUGAAACUUUGGUGGAAACAUGCAAAGAAACUUGACAGAGUAAAUGGAGAGGCAGCAAAAUUAAAUGCAAACCACAAAACAAAUGGUUAGGUCAGGAAUGCGAAACACAUUAAAAACGCUUAUUGACAAGAACGUGAAAUCUAAACCACAGAAACACGGAAAUGACAAUGACUAUAUACCCCAACAGAAACUAGUCGACAAACUAAGAAAAGAAGGUCUCCAAGGAUGUUUCUUGGAUGUUUUAAUAUCCAUGUACUCAAAUGAUAAAUCAGCAGUUAAAACUGAUGACAAAUUAGGCCAAUCCUGUACUUGUAAAAAAAAGGAUGCAUGUUGUCACCUACUCUUUUUAAUUUCUAUUGGUAGGACAACUCAUGUCACUAGGGAUAUGUGUUUCCCAGGUAGGAAAAAACAUAUCACUAUGCAUAUGUGUUGUGCAGGUAGGGGAACACACAUCACAAGGAAUAUGUGUUUCCCAGGUAGGGGAACACAUAUCACUAGGGAUAUGUGUUUCCCAGGUGAGGGAACACAUAUCACUAGGGAUAUGUGUUUCCCAGGUGAGGGAACACAUAUCACUAGAGAUAUGUGUUUCUCAGGUAGGGGAACACAUAUCACUUGGGAUACGUGUUUCCCAGGUGGGGGAACACAUAUCACUAGGGAUAUGUGUUUCCUAGGUGGGGGAACCCGUAUCACUAGGGAUAUGUGUUUCCCAGGUCGGGGAACACAUAUCACUAGGAAUAUGUGUUUCCCUGGUAGGGGAACACAUAUCACUAGGGAUACAUGUUUCCCAGGUGGCAGAACACAUAUCACUAAAGAUGUGUGUUUCCCAGGUGGGGGAACAUAAAUCACUAAAGAUACUUGUUUCCCACGUGGGGGAACACAUAACACUAGGGCUAUUUUUUUCCCAGGCAGGGGAACACAUAUGACUAGGGAUACAUGUUUCCUUGGUGGGGGAACACAUAUCACUAGGGAUAUCUGUUUUCCAGGUGGGAGAACACAUAACACUAGGGAUAUGUGUUUCCCAGGUAGGGGAACAUAAAUCACUAGGGAUAUCUGUUUCCCAGGUGGGGGGACACAUAACACUAGGGAUAUGUGUUUCCCUGGUAGGGGAACACAUAUCACUAGGGAUACAUGUUUCCCAGGUGGCAGAACACAUAUCACUAAAGAUGUGUGUUUCCCAGGUGGGGGAACAUAAAUCACUAAAGAUACUUGUUUCCCACGUGGGGGAACACAUAACACUAGGGCUAUUUUUGUCCCAGGUAGGGGAACACAUAUGACUAGGGAUACAUGUUUCCUUGGUGGGGGAACACAUAUCACUAGGGAUAUCUGUUUUCCAGGUGGGGGAACACAUAACACUAGGGAUAUGUGUUUCCCAGGUAGGGGAACAUAAAUCACUAGGGAUAUCUGUUUCCCAGGUGGGGGAACACGUAACACUAGGGAUAUGUGUUUCCCAGGUAGGGGAACACAUAUCACUAGGGAUAUGUGUUUCCCAGGUAGGGGAACAUAAAUCACUAGGGAUACUUGUUUCCCAGGUGGGGGAACACAUACCACUAGGGAUACAUGUUUCUAAGGUAGGGGAGCGCAUAUCAGUAGAUAUAUGUGUUUCUAAGGUUACAGGCGGCAAAAAAUUUAAACUAGCCGGUGAUAACGGCGGUUGCCGACGCAUUUUGACAACCCUGAGUACAUUACUUAGAACUCCAAGCUAAUGUUUUUUUUACCAGAGGGUUGCCAUGAAAGGCCUGGGGCUGUGGAUUUUCCCUGGUUACUGUUAGCUGGUAUGACCUCAGGAUACUUUCAUGGAAAACAAAAGGAAGUAGGACCUCAUAGCCGUUCAAUUUCCUGCCUACUAAUUACAUAUCCCCGCCUUCUUGAAAUCUUAGCAACACUUCCUGUUUCACCAUGUGUGUUAUCUAAAACUGGUAACCUGUGCCUACCCUUAUAUAUAAGUUCCACUUUGAUGGGAUUUUCCAGUUUGGCGAAUCAUUAGGACUGUGAAUGUCAAGUCAAUGGUAGAAUACAAUAUUUGUUAUUAUUAUUUUUAACAGGGAAUUGCUCCUUACAUUGGCUUAAAUUUUGCAGUUUAUGAAACACUUAAAGGUGACUAAUGUUACACAUAAGCAAUAUUAUUUUGAUGAUCAUAUUUUAAUAAUACUCUCUUUACUUGAAUAAUGUGUUAUUUAUUUCAAAAUAUUGAUGGUGCUCUUCAUAGUUGACUCUGCUCUGUUUCACUCAUUUCUUCCAGUCAAAGAUUGCACAUACAACCGAAUUUCAGGGUUGUUCACUGUUUUUGAUGACUUGUUCCUGUAAAAGAUAAUAAUAUGUACUCUCAUUUAAGCAGGUCAAGCAUGAUGUACUCUGCAACAAUUUGAUUGCCUUUAGAAGUUUUUAAAGGUUUCUUAGAAGAAAACAAGCUGAAGUGAAGAAUAUAAGUUAUAGCAUUUGAUAAAUUGUUGCAUUUUAUUAAUUACAAGAGUACUGUUUCUAGAUUUUGUGCUGAGCCACUUUAUUGCGCAUGCUCGUGAGGCAGAGUUAAAGCGGAUGGAUAAAGACAAGGAGUUACCUGUUACUGUUCGUUUGAUGUGUGGUGGAUUAGCUGGAGCUAUUUCACAGACAGGUAAGACGAACAGCUGUUUUAGCCACUGGAUUCAAAAGAGCCUUUGCGUUUAAAAUCGCCGCGCGGUUAGGUCAAUUGAUUAAGCGCCGGUCUGCCGAGCGGGAGGUCGUAGGUUCAAACCCUGGCCGGACCAACCCUCAGGGUCUUAAAUAAUUGAGGAGAAUAUUCCGCCUUUGUUAUGACAUCUACAAAUGGUUAGACAUUCUAGUCAUCUUGGAUAAGGACGAGAAACCGCAGGCCCCAUCUUACAGCUCUUUCACUGUUCUGAUUCUUGUGGGACGUAAAAGAACCCACACUGCUGUUCGGUUCGUAAAGAGUAGGGGGCGUAGACACCGGUGGUGUAGUACAACCUUUCAUGGGCUGGGUGGGUAAUGAAGGGAUUGAUAUCAAUUGGGACGUUAGUCCUGUUUGAUCCCCUGUCACCGUGUUGAGUCACCGUGCGAAUUUAAUAAAGUCAGUUCAAUAAAGUCAAAAUCAAGUCAAUAAAAACCGGAAGGUUCCUUUCCUUCUGUAUAUCAUUUGUGCUUCUUCUCAAGUUUGUAUUGAUUCUUUUGCUUCCUUUUAUUUUUGUUCUGUUUUUCUUUUAACCAACUUAGUUCUGUUUUAACUGGCCUUGAAUUUAAACAGACUUUGUCGUUUUUUUUUUUCAGCGAAAACGUAUUCAAAUUGUUUUUCCUUAUCGGGUUUUACUCACAUUAAAAAACUAGUGGUGAACUUUGUUCACUUUCUAAUUGGAAUGUCAAAUAGAUUCAAGAAGUCUCAUUUUGCAUUGGUUAUUCUUGGAGUGGAAGUCGUUUCUACAGAGUGAAUCCCUAUUAUAAGAGUUUCUUCUGCAGGAACGUUAACAUAGGAAUGAUUUCGUAACGGUACAUUUGCAACUGAUCAAGGUAAGUAGAUGACACAUUUACCUAGAUGCAUCAGCACAAUGUCGAGGAUUUUAUUGAAAAUGAUAUCAGCACAAGUAUAAAGUUCAGUAGGAGCGGACACAUUCGCUGGUUACAUGCCUGCAUCUAUAAGCAUCAAGACUCAGUGCCAUCAACAGAUCAUGGACCUACUCACAGUGACCAGUAUAUUAACUUCCAGUCCAACCAUGGCUAAGAUUGCAAGAGGUCCGUUGUCCAAACAAUUCCUGAAACAGAGAGGAACUUCAUCUUCAUAAUGUUUUACUCAAGAAUAAAGAAGAGACGAAACGGCGAUACAUUUAGCACCUCAGAGAGGUUAAUCUCAAACCGAAUAGCUACUGAAAAUAGGGCUCAUAAAACUCCUAUAUAGAAGUAACUUCCACUCCAAAAUUUCCGAAUACUUGUACUUUUAAUUCCUGAUUUCUGUCAUGAUUGUUCUUUUUUCUCAGUAACCUAUCCACUAGAUGUAGUACGAAGAAGGAUGCAGAUGAAAGGAAUUAGUGGAGACUUAUUUGCAUACACUUCAACCGGAAAUGCAUUUACAGUUAUUGUCAAACUGGAAGGCUUUCAAGGUUUAUACAAGGGAAUGUGGCCAAAUUUGUUAAAGGUAAUAGUAACAGUAUAACGUUAAAACUCAGACGUUUAUUUUUAGUUUGUUUUGUGUGUAUGCGUUAGUGGCCCUAUGCAAUUUUCAUUUUGUCGAAUUUGAAAGAUUUCAAUUUUUAGGCGGGGACAUCAUAUUUUCUUUUUAACUUACCAGUCAGCGUUCUUUGUGAGUGAAUUCUUGGUCCAUUUUGUGAAACCACUCUCGUUUGAGGAUAUGUUAAAAGCUUCCUGCACAAUUUCUUUAUCAGUAAACUGACAGCGCUAAAAAAGGGUAACAUUACAAGCAGUGAGAAAGCAGCCGACUUUUCGUGACAUCAUCACUGGUUUUCCCGUGAAAAAUGACGCCUGAGGAAGGGCCGCAGAAAUUCCAUACUGAUGACGUGUCAAUAUCCAAACAGGGCGGUGCUUCUACCUAUGUCUGGGUAGUAAGGCGUCAUCAGUAUGGAACUUCUGCGCUCGUUAUUCAGACGUCAUUUCGCGGCGAAACCAGUAGUGGCGUGGCGAAAUGUCGGAUCUUUUCCAAGGCUGUCCAGAAUCCCAGUCACACUGUCGCCAGUUAAGGCCUUUCAAGGUGCCUGGGUUCAAGUGUCAAGUGCAUUUCUCGGCAACUAACGCGUUGUUAUCGGUUUUGUAGGUCGCUCCUCUGGUUGGAAUACAGUUUGUGACUUAUGAAAUAACCAAAGCCCUCCUUUAUGGCGAGGGACUACAGCUGCCGUUCAGAAAAUGAUCAUUACCCCAUAUAUGGCACAAAGAAAUGUUGGCUUCCACUGUCAUUCGCUCUGAAAUACGUUCAUACAGGAGGAAACAGGAAAGAUAAUUUGCACGAGUCAUCGAUAAGUCACUGAAGUGUUUUAACAUUCAUACGAAAUCACUGGAAGAGUGAAAAAGCUGAAUUAUGUUGCGCUUUUACAUGUGCAGACAUAUACAGAGAGUCUGAAGAAAUUUAUUACAACGUUAUCAAAUCAGCAGUCCGGCAGAGCUCUUUGACAAAUACGAUACAGUACCUUACCCUGUGGGUAAUAAUGAAAGGCUAGUGGCGGUAAAACAUUUACUGCUGACUUCUCUCAGUUUU